GCAAGUGAACCCACGCCCUUGACCUGCUACCACUACAGGAUCCGCGUCGAUCGAAACUUCGACACUCAGUUCCCUCACACCACAGAGUAACCCACCACACCGCCAACAUGGUUGUACGUCACCCGCUCUAUCCCAUCCAUCCUCUCCAACCCAAGACCAUCGCAAUAGCUUACCACCACCUUCUUCUGUUCUAGCUUGGAAAGGUCGCUCACUAUGCAUUCGAUGCCGUAUUAAGUGCGCAUGCCCGCCCAUGUUUCCAGUCGACUUCCCCCUCACUAACCUGCGCUUCCUAGUAUCCGCCUUCCUCGCCGGCGUCCGACGCUCCACCGGUCUCACUGUCAACUCGGAGCGUUUGACCGAAGCCCCCAGCGCCAAGAAGUGGAUCGAUAACUACCUGUGGGUUGGAGAGGUCUUGAUGGACCAGAGUGUGGCUGCCUUUUCAAGUUCGCCGUAUUUUGAGAGGAAGCGCUGA